GAUACAACACUACUACAUAUUAUAUGAAAUAAUUAAUAUAUUUUCUCACCCUGACAACUGCUAGUUGACAACCCUUCUCGAUCAUACACACCAUAGUGUAUAUAUUAACCAAACUCAUAAAAACUGAACAAAAUAUGAACUUGUUUUUUAGAAAUUACAUAACAUUUACAAAAAUACUUUAACAUUACAAUAUGACAAGGAUUGACAUUCUGUAACUUCUUAUAACCCAAUCCCGGCCAUUAUCCUUUCUUCUAAAAUAAAUUUCAUCACAUUUUUCAAAACCUAUAUGCCUUCACAAUGCCAUCUUGCAAGGUUAGGUAGGGUAAACACAGUGGUAAAAUCAUUGCCUCGUCCCAGUGGGAAUACUUGUGUUUGCCACACUUCAAUUGGCAAGAUAGUGCCGCAAACCCUGAAAAAGUGUAUUGUGAACCCUCUAUUUCAAACAAUAAAUAUAAACAGGACCAGAAUAUAAAUUAUUCUAAACAAAAGUACCAGUUAUUGUUACAUUUGUGUACAUGGACUAAUUAUUAUACCUUGUAUAUAAAUACACUAAAGGCCAUGAUAGUUAUGUUAACAAUGCAGCUUCUGCAGGAGUACAUUGAAUUUGAAGAACUGUCCCAUCAUUAAGAGUAAUAGUUUGUGCUUGCUGUUGUUGCACUAACUGAAUUUGUUGUUGGGUUAACUCUACUUGCUGUUGUGUUGCUUGUUGCGGUUGUACGAGCGCUUGUAUUCGAGUCUGUCCCUGUUGCACGUUUGGUUGCUGCUGGGUUAGUUGCAUAAUGGUAACCUCUUGCGAGGUCGGCAGUUGUUGCUGAGCUGUUUCUUGUUGUUGAGGGGUAGUUAUCACUUCCCCUGCCUGUGACAACGGCUGCUGUGACACAUUUUCAAGAGCGUUCAAGACUUGCACUUGGGUAAGAUCAUUUGCAUUAGCUGUUUGUAAAAUGGUAUCACUCUGAACAGAGACAUCGACCAUUCUGCUUGUCUGGGAUGAUGUCCUCCUUGCUGCAUUCCCAUGGGUUUUUACAUGCUUUGACAAAUGGUCGCUUCGCAUAAAUCGCUUUCCGCACUGUUCGCAAGCGAAUUUCUUUUCCCCCGUGUGGGUUCGUAGGUGCCGCUGAAGUUCAUCGGACCUCGUAAACCGCUUUCCGCAAAACAACCACUUGCAAACAAAAGGUCUUUCACCACUGUGCCAUCGAAGAUGUGCUCGGAGAUGCGAAGUCUUUCCGUAAACUUUUCCACAGCCUUCAAUGUGGCAUAUAUGAAUUUUCUUGCCAUUUGCCAUUCGCCCUUCACCAUCCCGACAGUUUGGACAAGUGCAGGCUACCCGACGGACUCUACGGGCUAUUGGGUUUCCGUUACCGUCUAUAGGGGUGAUCGUGUCUUGAGGGUUGCCAAGAUCUUUUGAAUCUUGGCUAGGGGCCAUCUGAACCUCCGUAGUUGGGACCAUAACGGAAUUAUUUUGCACCCAAUCGAUCAUGCUGUUAUUGGCAGUUGUAUCAUUGAGGACAAUAGAAGCUUGAGAUGUGUUGUUCAUGGUGACCAUCGGUUGCUGGUUAAUCAGCUGUCCGACCCCCUGGUUGUUGGUGGUUUGUGGCAGAGGCAUCGAAACAGUAAACUGGUUAUUAUUGGGCAGGACAACACUGUUCAAAUGAGAUGCCUCGGUUGCUGAGAUGUUAUGAUAUUGGCUGACCGAUUGUUGGCUAGUUAUUUCAUUUUGUGAUGCAGCCCAGGCAUCCGUUUUUCCCUGCCACAUGACAGAAUUAACCGCAUAAGUAUUUCCUGCUGUUGUUGUUGUCCAUUGCUGUUCAGACUGAGCUUGAGUCGCUUCAAUGCUUGCCCCUUCGGCUUGGCUUAACGCUGAAUAUAUUAUAUUCGAAGAAGAAGGCGAGCUGUUCGCUAAGCUCACUUGACGACGGCUGUUCUUCCUGGCCAAUUUUACUACACGUUGCUGCCAGCAAAACCAGAGGAGACUUCGAGGUUUCCUUGACGUAAGAUAGACAGGGGGCGGGAACAAGAAAAGGGGGUGUGAGUUACGAACGUUCGGAAAAUGUUACAAUAAUACACAAAGAAUAAAGUGGCAAUUGAUACAAAAAUAUUCUAGUUCCGCGCUUACCUGUGGCGGUCCGGUUUGCUCGAUAAAUUCCAUGCCCGUGUCUUCGGUUUUAAUGCUGCGAAGCAUUCUUAGUUCGCUCUUAAAUUUUUCUCAAGAGAGCAGUGUUUUUUCUUGCGCCAAAAGGCUAUCGGAGUAUCGGCUUUACAAAGUAGCGACCGGUUUGAUGCGGGAAGCAACAAGUCUGUGUUUUAGCCAAUCAGAAUGCAUUAUUCAGCUUGAUUAUUUCGACCGUAGAUGUAAAUAGGGUUAUUUUUGCCGGUAUUUAGCGGAUAAAUAUACAAUAUGGAUUAUGGUAUACGCUAGAAUACGAUAGUGUAGUCUGGUGUUAUUCCUGCAAAAGUUUUAUAAAAGCUAGAAGCAGUUUUUGGCAAGUUUUUUGAACACAAAUUACAUGCCAUUUAUUGCAUUAAUUUCAUGAAAUCAACAUGAUAGAUUUCAUGACUAAUUUGCAACAUUCCACAGCUCGUUGCCUAGGCAACCGUGACGUCACGCGCUUUGAUAAACAAAUUUUGCGAUCAAAUUGUGUUUCUAAGUGACAAUUAGAAGUCAUUCGAUGGAUUAUAGAUUUAUAGUGGAAAUAAUGAUUACGGCAAAACGAAAUCUAUGCUGGUGUAUUCAUUGGUAUUAAUUUCUGCUUGCGAGAUGGUGGAGUGACUAUUUGAAGUGGAACAUCAUACAGUAUUAACAGUAUUAAUGCAUUUAAUCUUCGAUGAGUAUAAAUAUAAACAAGGUAAUCUCGCAUGGUGCUAUUAUAAUUUAUAAUCUCAUGUAAAUACUCUUAAAUAGUUUUAGUUUGAUCACUUUUACGCUGUAAAUACAAUACUCCUAGUGAUGUAAGUAGGUAAGUAGAUAGGUUACCAGUAGGUAGAAUGGUAGGUAGGAUGGCAGACAGGUAGGUACUAGGUAGAUAGGAGGCUGUGAAUAUGUCAACACAAAUACUUUGUUUCUUCGUAAUAUUUCUCUGUGAAAAUUGGUAUGGGUGCUAAAGCGUCCCAAUUCAAGAGUAUGCACUUUAGAAACUACUGCAAGUUUGUUGCACUUCUGGUUCUGUGUACCAUGGCCUAUGAGGGUCGCGCAAGGCCGAGAGGCCCUGGGAGAACGAGGAUGGGUAAGUAGAAGUAAGAUAAGGUAAUGUAAGUAUAGGUAGGCAGAAUAGGUAUGGAGGAGUAGCUAGGCAGGCAGGCAAAGUCGGUUGAGCACAUAACCUUAGACAGACCGAGUAAGGAUCAGAAUGGGUUGCAGGGAUGGAAAUAACGGCCGGUGACCAGUAAUUACCGGCCAAAUUUAGAUAAAUCACCGGCCAAAUAGAUAUGUCAAUAGUAAAGUAAUCGCAAACAGGUUUCUGGAAAAUUGCAUAGAAAUAAAGAAGUUUGGUCAUUACGAGUCUCAGGGAAUUAAACGGAAUUAUGUACAGUACAUACCAAAUCGAUUAAUUUUAACAAGGGUUUCAUUACAGUCAUAUUGAUUUUUUAAUAAGUGUCUUGAACGAUUAUUGAUAGUGAUAGUCCAUAGGACUUGAGGAGGAGGAGGCAGUAGGGAUUUCUAAUGCAGCUCCCCAAUCACCACUGAUGAUGCCAUGAUUUUUUGCUUUUAAAAAAACACCGGUCAAAUAUUUCGCCUUGUCAAAUUUUUAAAAAUUACCGGUCAAAUUCGUUUCCCUUAUUUCCAUCCCUGGGUUGCAUUGGUAUGAAUCCAGGCUGAAUGGGUAAAACUUUUGCAGUGAUUGAUGACAAGUUUGCACAACGGUACAAUGAUAACAGACAAUGCCACACCAGUAGUUCCAAUGAGAAUUACGCAUUCUUUUCCACCAAGGGGAAUUGUGGCAAAUAUCCUUACCAACUCGAAAAACACAAAGGUAAAUACAGUACUUUCCUGAGAGAAAUACACCUUGGAUUAAGUGUUUGGAAGAAUAUUUACAGUUCCCUUAUACAUCAUACAUUGGCAGCACCCAUUUUAUACACAUGAACUUGUGGAAAAGAGACUCUGUUGAUUACCAUGCAGAGGGCAUAUAGAUGCAUUUUUUUGCACCUGCAGUGGUGGCAGAACAGUUUUUAAUUUUGGGGAAAGGGGGGCUAAUUCCUAUAAAUUGUCCAAAAUAUACAAAAAAAAUUCCACAGAAAUGUUGGCGAUGGGGGCAAAAAAUUUUCCGUAGUCCUAACAGAUUUCCUACAUGAUAUUUUGAAUACAUGUACCAGUUUUCUUUCGUCUUUCCUGAAUUUUAUAUAUAAACUUUGUAUAACUAUAUAAAAUUUGGAAUCUUAUUCUGUUUUUUUGGGGGGGGGUUUUUUUUUGCCCCCCCCCCCCCAUUCUGCCACCUAUGUUCUCCUGGUUAGGUCUUACAUUUGUAUAAUAAUGUCAACAUUUCUAUUUACAAAACCCCUUCAAUAUUCUGUUCUAUCGAACAAAAGUUGUUCAACUUCUAGCUAAUCUGUGGCAAAAGUACCAGUAAAAAUGACCAUCAUAUUAUAAAUAUUUAGGGUAAUUCUUUGUAUCUGUAUGGUAGUUUCAAGGAACAUUCAAUGGCUAGCACAACAAGGACAAAGGUACAAAGAAGUUUUUAAUUUAUUAUGAUCUAGUUCGAGAACCCUUCAUCUACAUCUAUCCAAGCACCAUUGCAAACCACAUCUGGUCAGAACAUAUUUUCUAAUGAUCAGUUGUUUUGGGAUUUUGGAAAAAAAUCAUGAAUCAACUAUUUUUCAAUAAAAUGACUAAGGCUGCAAUUAAUAUAUCUAUUAAACUACCAAAUCUCAAUAUUACUUAUUUUACAGAUAAGAAACGAAGAAGAUGCUAGCUUCUCUUUGCCACCAACUCUAACUGAGAAGACUUUUAAAACUAGGUAAACAUUUUAAGCUUCGCUUUGUACAGUGUUUCCUUGCCAAGGCAUUUUAAGUCUGACCUCAUUCAUUCUUUUUAAUUUCUGUAGACAAGCUCCAAGAUUUUACACAGUUGACACAACAGGCUUACGGCAACAAAACAAUAACGUUGAUCAUGCACUGGAUCAACUCAUUACAAACUCUGACUUAACAGAUCUGAAGGACAUAUAUCACAGAAUUUGCAAGGCAAGAAAUCCUAGAAUUGCAUUGUUCUUUUCUAAUUAGAAAUAUACAGUUAGAAAUGUAUAGUUAUUGUAAUGACAUUUAAAAUUCCGCUUUGUUCAUUAGGGAAAUGUAUCUACUCUUCAAACAUUGGUUUCGAAAAAGAAAAUCUCUCAAAAAUUUGUGUUUGUUCAAAACAGUUCACCAUUGCACAGGUACAUGUAUGUGAUAAGUACUGUUAUCUUACAGUAAGUUUGUAUUAUUAUUGUGUAUAUAUAAAGUAUAUACUGUACAUAUGUACAUAGUUUUCAUUGGUAAAGACAAUUUGUUUCAAUUCAUAUACUAUAGAUACCCACAGCAGACAAGAAGACUCACAGCCAAAAACCAAGAGCCUGGACAGCGGACAACAGUUGACCAACCAUGUAGAAACAGGUAAUUAAUAUAUUAAUAAUACCAAAAUGAAUUGUGUGUUUUAUGCCUUUCCAAGGAAGUGCCGCCAGGGAAUUUUAACAAAAUAUCUUCACAAGGAAUUGAAUCUUUAACUCUGUCUUUAUCAAUCUUUUAGAGAAAAUGCAACAUCACAGAAGACGAACAAACGUGUCCUUGUACCUUCGCCCUAUUUUGAUCGUACAAACAACGAAAAGACAAGCAUUUCAGAAGCUUCCUCUCAACAUAUAUUAUACCCAAGCAGCUUUGCAAGAAGCUUUAGAAAUAAUGCGUGUAAACGUCCUAUCGAGCCAACAGUUAUAAACUUAAAUUACAAACUACCAGAAUUAGGAAAAGAUCGAAACUCAAAAUUUCCUGCUAAGAACAGAAUGAAGAAACAGCGAUGGGGUUCAUCUGGCUGUAAUAAAAAGGAUUAGGAUUCUGGUGAAAAGAACACCCUAGCUUUGUGCCAGCACAACAUACUCGUCCAUUUUUCACAGAAGGAACGAAACAUGCAAAGAUUUGCAGCCAUGGACGAAAGGAAAAGAUUGCUUUCGCAAAAAACCAACAAGAAAUGCAAAUAGGAACGGAAAGAGCGAGAACGAAAGUCAUACUCAAUGAUGAAACGUAAUAAUUGCACCAUUUGCACAUCGCAAAACACCCACCAAUGUUUUCUGACAAUUAUAAACUUGUGCGUUUUUGCGCGUGUAAAAUUUUAAAGUUGAAUUUUGAAAAAUUAAUGUAAAUACGUUUACCUAAUUCCUUAAAGCAAUUUCAGUCUAAUAUAAAACUCUGUAUCCUGCGUUAUUUCUUAUUUACGUGCAAUCAGUCUUUCUACACACCUUUCAAUGCCCUACUGGUUGUACUGAAAAGUGUUACUGGAAGUUAAAAAGUUUUAAUCUGACCUGCAUAACCAGAGUCUUUCAGUUCUCAAAAUGAAUAUGAUCUCGUUUCCUUGCAUUUCGUUCGUCCAUUUUCUUCGUAAUCU